CUUCGACCUCAGUCCUCCGCACUCGGCGUAGGACGUCGACGAUAGUCGCUCUCAGUCAGGGACAUGUCCAUGACUCGUUCUUGACAGUGCCCAAGUGGCAACUUUCUCCCAAAAAUAUCUCCUUUAAGAUCUUAAUCUUUAAAGUGAAUUAAAGUGAAUUAAAAGUGUCACAUUAUCAGUGCAAUUAUCAAUUCAUGAGGGGUUCAAUCAGGUCGCAGAACAUGAAACUUCUACGUUAUUUAGGUUUAUUAUUCAUUCUACUUUUGACGAUGGAAAAAUGCCAGGCUGGGGCAUUCAAUAAUAAAAUAAAAAAUUUCUUUGGACUUUUUGGUAAUAAGCCACCUACUAACUCUAAUGAUUCACCUGCUCCUUGCUACUGUAGUUGUGGACUACGAAACGAAGAAAGUCGUAUAGUUGGUGGUACAACAACGAAUAUGAAUGAAUUUCCAUGGGUAGUUAGAUUAUCGUAUCUAAACAAGUUUUAUUGCGGCGGAACAUUAAUAAAUGAUCGUUACGUCCUGUCAGCCGCACAUUGUGUGAAGGGUCUUAUUUUCAGAUUUAUGUGGUUCAUGAUCAAGGUUACUUUCGGAGAACAUGAUAGAUGUCUCGAAAAGCCAACAGAAACCAGAUAUGUGGUACGUGUCAUGACCGGUGAUUUUAGUUUUUUGAAUUUUGACAAUGAUAUCGCACUACUUCGUCUCAAUGAGAGAGUGCCAUUGAGUGACACGAUACGACCAAUAUGUCUGCCAUCAGUAUUGGAUAAUGAAUACAUAGGUGUAAAUGCAAUUGCGUCUGGUUGGGGCACAUUAAAAGAAGAUGGCAAACCGUCCUGUUUUCUCCAGGAAGUCGAAGUUCCGGUUAUGAGUCUUCAGGCUUGUCGAAAUACCAGCUAUAGUCCCCGAAUGAUCUCGGAUAAUAUGCUAUGCGCGGGUUACCUGGAAGGAAAAAAGGAUUCGUGCCAAGGAGACAGCGGUGGACCCCUUGUAGCGGAACGCGAAGACAAGAAAUAUGAACUUAUUGGUGUCGUGUCAUGGGGUAAUGGAUGCGCACGACCUGGUUAUCCAGGUGUAUACACAAGAGUCACACGCUAUAUGGAUUGGAUUUUGAAGAAUUCAAAGGACGGCUGUUUCUGUGAGCACAAUUGAAUAUGAUUACUCGGCACUCCUUAAUGGUAGAUAUGAUGAAAAGCGAACAAAAGGAUUUUUGCAUAUUACCGAAUGUUCUUUGAAUCUAUUCUCAGGAUGAAAAUAAUAUCUCGCUGACGAUAUUUUUUAUGCAUAAUUUAUAUAUUUGACAAUAUGAACAUUAUGUUAGACUCGAAACUGAUAGACAUAAAAUAUUCUGAUUAUUA